GUAGCUACACCAGCUUAACAUUGUGCGGAGAUAAAGGACUAAUUUUAAGAUAUGAAAUAAAUGCAUUGGUAACUUCUUUCUUUUCAAAUAAUUUUUUUUCUUUUUGGUUGCUUCUAUUGUAUAUGUAAUCACCGUACUCUACUUUAUAAACAAGUUACUUCAACACACAAAGGAACCAUCACCAUAUAGUGUCUGUAAAAUCAAGCUCCUAACUUUCUCAUAUGGCUUCGAUAAGCUUACUUGACGCUUCCAUAGCCAUUAUUUGCUUUCUCUUCUUCCAUUUCUUCAUCUUCAAAAAACCUCAUGAUCAGGUUUUUCGGAACUGGCCAGUUAUUGGGAUGAUUGGCUUCCUGAUGGUUCUCCACCGCAUGUACAACUUCGGUGUGGAGGCUCUCGAAAUCAGCCACUUAACCUUUCCAUUUAAGGGACCGUGGUUCGCUGGAAUGGAUAUGUUGUUCACAGUUGAUCCAGCUAAUAUUCACUACAUCUUGAGCUCAAACUUCUCCAAUUACACCAAAGGUGCCGACUUUAAAGAAGUCUUUGAUGUUUUUGGAGAAAUGAUCUUUAGUUCGGACUCGGAGCUAUGGAAGAAUCAAAGAAAAGCUGCUCAGUUCAUGCUUAACCAUCACGAGUUUCAAAAGCUUUCAAUGAGUGCAACGAGGACUAAACUUUACGACGGUCUUGUUCCUCUUUUCAAUCAAUAUUGCGAGGAAGAGAAGGUCGUGGAUUUGCAGCAAGUGUUUCAAAGGUUCACUUUUGACACAACUUUUUUUCUCGUUACGGGGUCUGAUCCUAAAUCUCUCUCUAUUGAAAUGCCGGAAGUUGAGUAUGCUAAAGCUCUUGACGAUCUUGGAGAAGGGAUUUUUUAUAGGCACAUUAAACCGAAGUUCUUGUGGAAGCUGCAAAACCGGUUUGGGUUAGGACAAGAGAAGAGGAUGACCGAAGCUGAUGCCACUUUUGAUCGCGUUUCAGCGAAAUACAUAUCAGCUAAGAGAGAAGAGAUAAGAUCACAAGGGAUUGAUCAUCAUUCAAAUGGUCAAAGUGAGGAUCUUUUGACAUCUCACAUAAAGCUUGAUACAACCAAGUACGAGCUCUUGAACCCGAGUGAUGAUAAGUUCCUCAGAGACACCAUCUUAGCUUUCAAUCUAGCUGGGAGAGACACAAUGUCUUCUGCUCUCUCUUGGUUCUUUUGGCUUCUCUCUGAAAACCCUCAAGUUGUAACAAAGAUUCGUAAAGAGAUCAUCAGCAAAAAUAUAUCAAAAGACGGAAGAAAUGGCCAAGAGAACUUAGACAAGUUGGUCUACUUACAUGCCGCGUUGUAUGAAUCAAUGAGGCUCUAUCCACCGGUUGCCUUCCAACGCAAGUCUCCUAUAAAACCAGAUUUGCUUCCAAGUGGGCAUAAGGUAGAUGCAAACUCAGUCAUCAUAAUCUUUCUUUACGGGUUGGGAAGGAUGAGAGCGGUUUGGGGAGAAGAUGCAACAGAGUUCAAGCCAGAGAGAUGGGUUUCUGAGACCGGUGGGUUGAGACAUGCGCCUUCCUUCAAGUUCUUAUCGUUUAACGCCGGUCCGAGAACUUGUCCUGGUAAGCAAUUAGCUAUGACUCUAAUGAAGACAGUAGUUGUGGAGAUAUUACAAAACUAUGAUAUUAAGGUUAUCAAAGGACAGAAGAUUGAGCCAGAACCUGGUCUUAUAUUGCACAUGAAGCAUGGGCUUAAAGUCACAAUUACUAAGAGAUGUUCAGCUUGAAAUUUAUAUAUAACGCCUUAAUUUAUCCUUUUAUCGUUGGAAUUAUAAGAAAGCCUCGUAUUUUUCAAUAAUGAAACGAAACAUGCUUUUUAUCUU